GUUCAAAUUAGUAUGACUGCUGUUAAAAAAUAUUAGAAAGUUGAUCUAUGCUGGAAAACAUAAACACAUCAAGUAUAAAAUACUUAGAUGACAACAUUCCACAUUCCGAAAUAGAAAAGUAUCAAGCUGUUUCAUGCAACUUGCAAAAGUAGUUUCGAAAACUUGGCGAUUUAUUCAAAAUGUGGCUAGAAUUACGGAUUUGUGUGGGAUAUAAGCUAAAUAAGUCGACGAUCAAAAUUUGAAAUAAGAAUUGUAUGGUUUAGGAGUGGCCUAAGAAAUCGUUAAUUUGUAAUAUACAUUGUUAAUAAUUAUGGAAAUUAAGCAAAAAUAUUUAAAGUCGACUAUAGCCAAAAAUAUUGAAAACUAUUUCCUUUCAAAAUAGAGCCUUGAGGUCACCGCACGGCAUUAUGGAUGAUAAACAUUCCAAACUCACGAAGCAAUCCGAAACCCGACGAUCAAUUUUCGAUUUCUCCAGCGUCGAAGAUCUUCGACAAACUGACCUAGACUCGGACCUAGUCCCCUCUGAUAAAACACAACCGAAGAUACCGUUUAACGAAUCGUAUAUCGCGCACGCGCCUAGUCGCCACUUGUUUACACUGAAUAGCCGAUAUACCUAUUGCGGGGGUUAUGGCGCAUCCUCUAAGGAUAUUAGUGGAUCUGUUGAGGAUCUUACUGGAUACACGAGGAAACAAAGGCGGAAUCUUAGCUUGAGUAAAUUUAGUAAAAGUUCUCCCGAUUUAUUUGGUGAUAGUUACCAGUCUUCCGACGGCGGUGACGUCACAGAAAAAGAAACCCAUGAAGAUUUUGUUACGAGAUUGGAUAUAGAAAUGAAUCUUGAAAACGAACACGAAAAUGAAGGCAGCACGAAACGCGGGGAAAAUAACGAACACGGAAAUGGAAGCAUGUCUGUCACGGAAACGAAACACGAAUACACGAAAUUCAAGCUGGAAACGAAAUGGGCAACGAACACGGGGAAUGAAGCACGUUUCCAGCUAAGUACGAGCAGGUUAAAAAUCGAAACGACAAAACAAAGUACAAGUUCUUCCAAUGAGGCAAAAAAUUCAACAUCUGCAAUGUUUGAGGAAUUAGACAUCGUGACUGAUGAGAAAGAACCUACGACGCAUGCGCAACAUCCAGGUGCAAAUGAUCCUGUCUUCAGCUCGGGAUCUAAAAAUAAUGAUGACGAAAAAAGUGAACGUUUCGACAAAGGUUGGCAAACCAUUUUACAUUCAGGUAAAGCUGAUCUUAGGAAGUCUUUAGAAAGUCUGAGUUCGUUGAGACAAGAUAUGAACUCAAAUGUUGAUACGUAUGGAAGUGAACGUUUUGUAAGUGCUGAUGUAGUUGAGCUACGACAAGGCAUGAGCGAGGAAACGAUUUUGAAACAAGGGGUGGAUACCAAGGAUUAUGAAGCAGGGAUGAAACGGAAUGACGAAAUGUCGGGGUUGAACGUGGAUGACUUGCUAAGGAGUGAAAAACCACAGAAACUUUCACAUGAAAGCGUACAUGAGAUUUUUAGUCGAGGUAGUUCCAAAACCUGCGACUCAAAUACAACAGUUGAUGAGCAAAGAAAUUAUAGCGAGGCAACAACAACGAAAGAUUCAAGAUGGAGGACAUCACACGAGGAGGAAAGAUGCACUACAGACGAUGUGAAUACUAAUCAUGCUACAAAGACAACAACGCUACCGCGACAGAAAACAGCCAAUGGAAAUGAAGAAAAGCAAGCUGCUGUAAGUGUGAUUAAUUCUGAAAAUGACAAUGUAGACUUAUGCACUUCAACAGAAGAAGAUGCAGCUGUUAACAAGCUAUGUCCCACUUCGGACAUGGAGAUUUUUCACACAAACUACAACAUAUUGACUUCUGAAGCGCCAAAAAUAGAAUGGAAUUAUGACAGCAGUCGAAGCACAACGACAAAUUCAACGGUUCUACGAAUGGAGGAAACGACUGGCCCCCAACCAGCGAUUGAUGAUAUCCCAACUUCUGAUAAAACAGUUAAGAGCGAAGGAUUUUCUACGACAAUUAUCCCACAAUCUUGUAAUAUAUCACCAAUUUCGUUCCGAGUUUUGAAGACCACUUCUUGUGAUGAAAAUGAAGUAUGGCAAAAGACGGAAUACAAAGGAGAGAGUACUAUCGCCACAGUUAAAGUUUCGGGAAUUCAACAGUCAAGCAUUUCUGUGACAGAAGAUGACAAAACUACUGUGGAUUGCGAUCAAUAUUUACUUGACUCGCGCAUUAAUGAACCCAAGAACAACCGGCUAAACAACAGCUCAUAUGGGAGGAGUUGUGAAACACCACAAACCAUUGAAGAACGGCCAGUACAUUUCAACAAUGAUUGCGAUCGAUCUUUAUAUAACUCGACACACGAUCCCAUCAGCGAUUGGCUAAAUGACACCACAGAUACAGCCAGGAAUGCUGAUUCGCCAAUGGAAACUGCAGAUAACUCUCUUAUCAAGAAUAUGAUGGGAAUGUUUUGUUUGUUGGGACUUAAAGAUUCUCCCAAACGAGACUUCUACAGCAACGGACAAGUACAUGACAGAGAGCAGACGAUGGCGAAAGAUAUUUCAUGUGUGGGAGAUGAACAAGGAUGGUGUGUGGACGAAGCAAUCAUUAAAUCACCAACUCUAGAUAUACCAAAGGAUAUUAACAAGAAGUUGUUCACUUUCAAAGAGAACCAAGGAAGCUUUGAAGAACAAGAAUCGUUCAAUGAUACCGAAGCAGAAAGAUGGACUACUUGGGAACAAAAUAACAACGAGCGUACAGCUGUUGACAAAGAAACUUUUGAAGACUCUAAUAUUGUUGAAGGAAACAAGAUACAACAGAUAACCUUGUACGAAUGUCCGCAACAGAAAGCGACAGUUGAAGAAUAUAUUAGUGAUGUACUAACAGGAAAUACAAUGGCACUUGAAGAAACGAGUAAUAGUGAUAAAGACCUGUUAUUGAAUGCAGAACCGGAUAAGACACUUCGCGUAUCAGACUUUGAAAACGGAAAACAGAAAAAAGCCGUCCAACAUCGAAAUACAGAGGAAACUAUUGACGAGGGAAUUAUUUUACAAACUACACAGACUCAGGAGUUGUUGCUUCAAACACCAGAUAAUUCAGAAAGAAACUUAGCAACACAAAACGAAGCAGGUGAUUUCCAACGAAAUGACGAAAGUGCUGUUGAACUGAAUAUGCGAGAAAAGAAUGGGGUAGACUUUAGUCUAAACACUGCGGAUUUACUAAUGGCUGGCAACGAGGAAGGAUUAGGCUUCUCUCAAGAAAAUACAAAGGAACAAAACAUGAAAAAUACGAUUAUCACAACAAAUUUGGAAAUAAACAGAAACAAAUGGAGUUAUGCUUUCAUUAUACCUCUUCGUACAAUGAAUGUUUCCAAGAAAUUUUCAAGAGCAUUCAAUGUUCUAGUUUUGGACAGUGAGCUGAAACCAACAAGCCCUGAGCGCAAACCGACGGUAGUUACACUCAAUUUAUUCCCAAAUGAAAGUGAAGAGACAUAUUCACGAGAGGAAAAUGUUGAAGUUAGCCAAGUAGAAAUACAAAUAAAUGUCGAGAAAGAGAGAUUUAUACCCAUGGCGGACGAUAGCAUUUCGGAUCUCUUGCAAGAAGCUGAGAAAGAAAGUAUCGGUAGCACUAUUGUCGAAGAGCAAGUUAUCCAAAGCAAUCCGGCUGACAAUAACUUGGAACAAAAUCCAGUUGAACUGGAAAUAAUCAUGGAUCAAGACAAUUCUGAGAAUUCUCCUGGUCAAGUGGAUUACACAAAGCAGUUGCACGAAGACCUUUUAACCGCUGACCACGAACUCGAAACGACAGUUUGCUUAGAAAACGGAGAAACUGAACUGGACAAGAUCGAUGAAAUUCAGCGACCAAUUUUCCAGACGGAAGAAGCUACAACAAAUAUAACAUUCAUGGGAAACGUUCAUGAAAAAUCUUUGCCUGAUUCGCGAGAAACAAACGAAAUCAUAAACGAUGCCAUCACACCGACGGAACCUUUGAAUAGCGUGCAACCAGAUUAUUUUGCCAAAUUGGAAUCAGAUUAUCAGAUUCAUGAGACAGUUCAUAAAGUAGAUGUUAAAACAAUGACAGAUAAGCGUUUGUCUGAACAUUUGAUGAGUUUUGAAAUGGAUGAAUUGGUGGCAGAGGAAAUUCCUAAACAAGAAAAGACGGAGAAUUUGUUCAGUGAGCUUGAUGGAAUUUUUCUACAAGAGAAUGAAAUACAAGAAACGAUAAGUAAAGAAGAGAGGAUCCAGUAUGAAACUUUUUCAGAAGUGGACGAAUUUUUCACUUCGGAAGAAGGAAUGGAAGAACAGGGAAUAGAAGCGUGUGUGAAGUAUCCUGAAGGGAAUAAUGAAGUUUCUUUGUCAGAAUUUGCCACGCAGAAAGCUGUAAUGCUACACUUGAAUGAACAGUAUUCAUCUCAAUCCGAGAAAGAAGUUCCUGAAGUAAUUACAAAGGCUGUAGACGAAAGGAGUUUGCAAUACAAGUAUUUCUCUCAACUUGAUGAAGUGUUGAAGCCUGAGUACGUCCAGGAGAUUGUUCCAAACAAGAUGGAAACACAACAUGACAAGCAAAAUUACCUCUCAGAAACUGAUAAAUAUUUUGACUCGAUCAUUCAACAACCUAUUACAGAGAAAAUAAAUAAUAUACAACUUGAACAAUCUUCUGAAUUGCCUGAACUAAGAACGGAGCCGGGAACACAAAAUAUCGAUAAAUCAAUGGCGUCUACGUCAGAUUUAAUUUCAUUUCAAAACAACGAAAUUGAGAUUGUUCAAACAGAAAAAGACAAGAAUGAUGGCGGUCUGAGCGUUAAGGAACAAAAUCUACAAGAUGACGUUUGGGAGAUCACUUUCAAUGACCAGAAGGUGUUUCCUAUGAAAGAAGUUGUGUCCACGGCCUCAAAAGACAUUGGGUUGAGUAACAAGAAUAGAGAUGAACUCAUUUUGGUGAUAUCACAUCCAAACUAUCCUAUGAAUUCAGAACACUUGUACGAGGAAGACAGAAGUGAUGAUGAAAUAAGGCAAUGUACAGCCUCGCCAAUUCCAGACGAUUUAUCAUCUGUCACAAGUAAUUACGAUGCCUCAAUUGAAUCAUCUUCAGAGUCAACUCAAAGCUACACACAACAUCAAAGAAACGGAGAGGAUUAUCUGAUGACUCACGAUGUUCCUUGGGAUGUAACAGUCUCCUAUUCAAACCCUGAAACAACGACGUCCGAAUAUAAAAUAUUACGUGCAUCUUAUUCCAACAUACAACAGGACGUGUACAAAGUUGAGAGCCACACUGCUGAUGUCAAAGUUACCGUAGAUGGUAAAAAUAUCAAUGGUGGAAGAAAUAACCCUCUUCAUGUUCCAAAACAAUCCGACAUUUCCGAACACCAUCACACAUCACACUCGAGGGCAAUACCGACUACCGAAAACAAUUUUAACAUAAAUAUCGAUGUAACCCCAAAUGCUGGAACUCAGGAUAAAGGAAAUGAGUAUAGAACCACCAUGGAUAUUCAAAAUCAUAAUCAAGUCAGCACAUCUUAUUUGUUAUUUCAACGAUUUGGCAAACCGGAAUCUCCUAAGACGUAUUUUGAAUUGAACUAUGAUAUGGACACGUGGAAAGUUGGGAAGAAGAUCAGCUCUCAUGAAGAAGACGAUUCUGAGAAAUCUUUUGUUGUUAGUUAUGCAAUGAUUGAACAACUGAAUCACCCACAGGUAGCCUCCCCAGUAUACUUGCCAUCUAUAGAAGAAGACGAAAUAUAUGAUCAAGAGAUCUGCGAUAUCCAAGCAACCCAGCUGGUAAACGACGACGAGGAAGUAAGGAUCGGCUUUUUACAAUCAUCACCACCACCGUCGUUACCACAACAAACACCACCACAAUCACCAUUACCACCAACGUCACCGCUACAAACACCACCAUCGUCAUCACCACCACCACUACCACUACCACCACCACCAUCAUCAACACCAAUGACAACCAUAAAAGCUGGUGCAGUUCCAGAGGAAGAGACGAACCUUUACACUGUCCAUUAUUCACAACCAGAGGACCGAUGCACAGAAACAACAACCAAUACACAACAAAUUGAACAAGAAAUAAGCCAUCGUUUAGCAGAAAUGUCUACAGCACCAGAACAGCAGAGUCCAGUAAAAAUAAGCUAUCCACAAUCACCACCAAAAACACCUGGAGAAGAAGUUCAACUUAUAGAAAUGGACCAUCACCUGCAACAAGAGCCAACGCAAGAAAUACCAUCGGAUGAUCUAGACACCAAAAUACCAUACCGACCCUCAGGCAUCAUACAAGCACAAAGGCUACCAACACCACCUACAGAAGAUACUGUACAUGUACAGAUUAACCAUCACCUACCAACACCACCAGAAGAUCUACCAUACCGACCCUCAGGCAUCAUACAAGCACAAAGGCUACCAACAUCACCUACAGAAGAUACUGGACAUGUAGAGAUUGACCAUCACCUACCAACACCACCAGAAGAUCUACCAUACCGACCCUCAGGCAUCAUACAAGCACAAAGGCUACCAACACCACCUACAGAAGAUACUGGACAUGUAGAGAUUAACCAUCACCUACCAACACCAUCAGAAGAUCUACCAUAUGAAUCCUCAAGCACCACACACAUAGGAGUACCACCAUCUGUUACAGAAAGCCGACCACCGGUAUGGUCAUUUGCACAAUCUGUAUUCCACACUGAUGGACAAAGCAAGACAUUCUUUAAAGUUAUUGAUAAUCGCAAGAAAUGGUUCCAAUCAAGCACGUUCAUGUAUCGAGGAGAACGAGUCAAAGUUUCCAGGGGAGUCAAUAUUUUCAAGAAUUCUGCUAAAGAAUGGAAUCAGGAUGUUGGUGAUGAACAGACAAUGGAUAGCAGGGUGCACGAAGACUAUGAAGGAUAUUCAGAGAUUUGGGAUGAUGGCAACUUGAUGGCAGGUAAUGUAAUUGGUUUAUAUUUUAUUAGUUGAAUGAAAUAAGUCGUUUCUAAAAAAAAUGCAACAUGACUGCAUUCUACACUUCCAACACACAGGUCAUUAAUAAUCAUUAUCACCAUCAUCGAUACUACAAUAACCGCUACCACCAUCCUCACAAUAACUAUGAUAAAUUAAAAUGUCACCAUUAAUGUUUAAUACUAUAUGAUACGUAAAUAUCAUUACCAUAUCCCAAAUACCCCAUGCCAAAAACUUCAAAAUUUCUUUGCCUAAUUGCAUACGCAUACAUUGUAUUUCAUAGUUGACAGUGAAAUUAUGUUGGAAGCAGACGGACCUGUUACAAGAUCAACCGUGGCUUACGAAAUGGCAACAGAACAAGACCUUUUCAACCAACAAGAAAGUAGAAACUGCGCAUGGCAUUUAAAUUUACACGGAGCUCAUGGAGUGUGCAAGAUCUCGCCUGACAACCUGGAUGCAAUUGCUGUAGAGGACGACAACACUUUGCUUGGAAGUCAUGGUUUUCUCUCGGGACAACACCGGUGGGUGAUCCAAGGUUUGGGUAUAUUCUGUGCUGUGGGCAUCUGUUCCCCCGGGGAAGAGGUGGGGAGUUGGUAUAAAGGUGGCAAGUGGGUAUGGACUACUGAUGGUCUCAAGUACUCGGAAUUGACCGGAAUACGAAGAUCUGAGUUUGGCCAAUGGAGGAAUGAAGAUGUGUUGAUGAUCUCCCUCGACUGCGAGCAACAGAAACUCACAAUUGUCAACACACGAACCAAUGUUCAAGCAACUUUACAUGGAUUCAAAGGAGAAGUUUAUCCUUAUUUUAAUAUCUAUAAAGGAAGCUCUGUUCGACUGCUUGAAACAACAUUCAUCGUUUAG